AAAACAGAUUUUACUUGCUACGUGUUUAUAUCUGAUUGAAAAAAGAUCAGAGAACACAACAAUUUAUUUUUUCUAUUGAUCUCUUGCUUCCUCUCCCUCUACACUUCUUCUCGCGAUUCAGAUUAAGUUGACAGUAUUGGUGGAUGGGAUCGUAGAAGGGGGAAAGAUUGUGAUUAAGAAGAUCAAUCCCUCAGUCCAAUUCCUUGAAACAUUUCUUGUAUCGAUGUUCUUCAUUUUGAGUCUGAAACCUCAUGCGUUGAUAAGAGUUAUUCUGCUUUUGUCUGGCUUGGAAUUGGAUCAAUGGCUUUGGAUUGGAACUAUUCUGCAUUGUUUCUUUGGAUCUGUUUUGGUUUCUUCAUCCUUCAUGUCUUAUUUGUUGCUUUUUCUCACAAAUAUCAGUGACGUGAGAAUACAGCUUGGCACUUUACUUGCUGAUAUCGGGCUCAUCAAUCUUCCUAAAAGUAGCGAGGUAGAAUCAAAGAAAGUAGUAUCUCCGCGAGAUAUAACCAUUGUUUCUCCUCUAUCCAUUCUACUUUUUAGUGGCUCAAUCUAUGUUCAUCAUCAGAGUGGGUCAGUCACCAUUGAUGGGUGGUUGAAGCUAGCAGAACCAGCUCAAACCGCAGUUUUGUUUAAGGAGUUUUGGUUAACACUCCAUUCCAUUCUCAAAGAUCUCAUCCAAAAACCCGAGGUAUUGUCCACAACGAAGUUGUCAAGUCUAUGGCCCAUCUUCUUA